GGCGGAGCUUGGGUUUUACCUGUAAACAAAAGUUUCUUUUUAUAGCUACCGUAGCUGUCUUACUGGACGUAGAGACGACUUCCGCUUAAAUCGUAUUUUUUUUAAUACAAAUGUGGAGCUGUAUAAAACUUAUGACAGGAGAUUCACACAUUUGUGAGUAAAGUUGGACGUUUGCCGACCUACCUUAUCAGCUUCGGGAAACACACCUGCCGCUCCUUCUGAUAAAUUUCAAUUUGCUGGUGUUGAACUCUGCCCAUCAUUAUGCGAGACGUUUCUAAAUAGAUCAUGUAAACUAGAAGAUCCUAACUCGCUAAAGGAGCAGAGUGGGCUCUAAAUGGUUCUCUGUUCUGUCAGUUAAUGUACUGAUGGUCGUUUCCAGGUGCAUUAUGUUGUUUCACCUGUUAAUACUCCUUCAACUUUUGAGCUGUGGACAUCUGGCCUGUAUGAGGAGGUUACUUUCGAAACAUGAAGGAGACCAAGAAGUGUUUGUAAGUGACGGGGAAGCAAACUCGUUCCUGGGUCGCCACCUGCUGUUCAACCGGUUUGACUUUGAAAUGUUCGUUCCUGGGAAUCUGGAGAGGGAGUGUUACGAGGAAGUCUGCAAUUACGAGGAGGCCAGAGAGGUCUUUGAAAACACCCCUGAUACAAAUGACUUCUGGAAGAAAUACACAGAAGAUCAAGGCCAGCGCCCUUCUCGGAUCGAUGUUGUUUCUCUUCUGGUGGGAAUUAUUUCCGCUGCAGUGGCCGCUGUUCUCAUUGGUAUCUUGAUAUGGUAUUUCUGUCGAGGCAAAUGCAAAAGUGACUUAAGCCAUCAGAGCUCCGUUCGAGCACGGCCUCAGAGGAGUAAUGCUUCCAUAAUAAUGCAAAGGUUUGAAGAAGUCUCCCUACAUCCCAUGCUUCCUCCAGCAGAGUCCCCUGAUCUACCCUCCUAUGAACAGGCAAUAUCAAGAGGUGGACAGCAUGACGCUCCACCUCCUCCCUAUCCUGGCUCAAGACCAGGGAGUGUUCGGCAGUAGUAUCCUCAGGACGACGUAUGUAACUGACAACAUAAAAUGGACGGUAUACAGCUAGCAUCUAUACUGUUAUUAUUAGAUUUAUUGUUAUUGUUAGAUUUUUUUUUUUUUUUUUACAAAUAUGAUCCCUCUGGCUAAAAAUGUCAAAAAUAAGAAACAAAUUGUGGCAAGAAAUUAGGUUAGAUGUGUUAACGAUAAUUUUUUCAUGUAUUUAUUAGUAGUUUUUUUUUCCUUGUAACAUUUUAAUGAAGAAAAAUCCCAUGUCCAGAGUUUUUAAUACACUCUCAUUAAUUAGUUAUGACUGUACAUCACUUCAGCAACCAGCCUGUUAUCAUACUUCUUUCUUUCUCUCUCCUCAUGUCUCUUAAUGUUUCUCCUGUCUUUUGCUGAAAUGCACAUAUUUUCAGAUCAAUCAACCACAAUAUUGAUUAGCACAAGGUUUUGUUUUCCCCAGGUGGCAAGCUAGUUUUGGAUCUUUUUUUGUGUUCUUUUUCAGCCUUUUUUCAUCUGUGCAAUUGCAUUUGUGUGCAGCUUGAAGAGACCUCCCUACAGUGACAUACUUAUGUGGAUUUUUUUUUUAAUUUAUUCUGGUAUUAUCUGUUGAUAUUUGCAUAUUUUCUCUUUUAAUUUAUAUAUUAUUCUGGAGUGUCCAGUGGACAGGCUGCCUUGAGUAGUUGGUACAAGAUUCUCCACGGUUCUUAAUGAUGCUUUUUGGAAAAGAGAACACAUUAAAAUCCAAGAGAAAAACAUCAGGUUGUCUGCUGAAAAAUGUAAACAGCUGUGGACCUUCCAACAAGACGGUGAUCUAAAAAGCAGAACCAAAGUUGUCAUGAUAUGGUAAAGUAUGGUAAUUUUAGCAAUUCAGAGUGGCCAGCCUACAGUCCACACAUGAAUCUGUGACAAAGAAGCCUUCUGACCUUAGACAUGGUGAUUGUUGCCUAUUGUCAACUGGUUGGAGGAAUGAUUAUUGAGUUUACAGAAAUGUGAAUUUGAUGUUUUCUUUUAAAAAGUGGAAGAGGGAAACAAUGACAAAUAAUUCUCAUUGGCAUCUCUGAUUCAACAUCUGGUCAUAGUUUGUCACUAGCAUAUAACCAGAAGAAAGUUAAUGGUAUAAUAAAAACCAUGCCUCAAAAUCUGGAACUAAAUUGUUGUGAACUGAACUUCCGUCUUUUCUUUUUGUGUUUGUGUCUUUAUGGGACUUUUUAUCACAACUAUAUGUUCAUUUUUAACACUCCUGAAAUGUAUUGGUGUGUCUUUCUCUGUUAAGUUUGUACUUAGACAGGAUUACAACUCAUGGCACAGGAGAGAAGGAUUUUAACGUUGUCAUACAGCUUUUCCUACAGGAGGAAAACCUGUAGUUAAUACUCCCAUAAAGAAAAUGCUACAAGUCUCUUUGAUGUACUUUUUGCUUUAUUAGGAUUAUUAUAUUGUAGUCUUAUACCUUUUUUUUUUUCAUUGCUUUACAAUGUGUGAGUAAUGUAUGUAUGCUUCAGCAACUGAAGAGUUCCUCUUAUGUGAGGUUGUUGUUUUCACUUCAGCAUCUUUGCUGUGAUAGAUGAAGAAAUUUAAGCUUGAACGGAGGGAGGCAAAAGUUUAACUUAAACGGUUUUCCAAUAUUUUAAUUUGUGCUAAAUGUUUUGUUGUUUUUUUUGCUGAAUUGCAACUAGUUAUAGCAACGUUAAACUAGAAUUAAAAUGAUCCCAAUCGCUGUAAAUGGUGCAGCACUGUAGUUUGAACCUAAAACUGUGAUUUGGAUGAGCAUUUCAUUUAACUUAAGGAAUUAGAAGAGUUGAUAAUUUAUGACGUCUCUGUGUGUGAUUUGCAAUUUCAUAAUGCUUUCUUGUAGCCAGAGUGCACUACAGAACUGAAUUUUGAAGCUGAUCUGAAACAGCAUUACUUGAUUUUAAAAUCUUUUAAAAGUUUUAAAUAAAGUUUAUAUUUUACUUA